CUCGAGGCCUUCGACGGCGUCACACGACCGGAGAUCUUCCUCGCCUACGGCGGCGACGUCUACGACGUGACGUCCGGCGCCCACUUCUACGGGCCGGGCAUGGCCUACGCCAAGUUCGCGGGCCGCGCGUGCACGCGCGGCGUCGCGCUGCCGUCGCUCGACGACGACGACAUCCACGACGGCGCCGCGGGUCUGGACCCGGCGGCCGUCGAGAAGUGGCGCGACCACUACCGGACCAAAUACCCGGUGGUCGGCGCCUUGAUCGCCGAC